AGCUGUUCGGGGCCGGCUGAGCGACGCAACUGGCUGCGUGUUGCGGACACUGGCUGCUCUGCAGGGGAGAGGCUGCUGGAGGGUGGCUGGGGCCGUGGGAGCGGCGGGGUUCCUGGGGAGGGGGGAAAUUGCCCCUUCCCCCGAGUAAAGAAGGAGCUGGGGAGGGGACAGAGAAGAUUGAGGAGACCCCCCUGUAUCCCUCUCUGGCGUAAGGGGUGAGCAGGAAAUUGGGGGACCCCCCUUCCAUCCCCUCCCCCACCCGUGCAGAGUGGGUUUUGCUGCGUGGGGAGGAAAUUGGGGGGCCCCCUGCCUGUGCCCUGGAGUAAAGGCUGAGGGGAGUGGAGAACAAGCAGGAAAGCAGAGAGACCUUUGUGGGGGGCUCAGUGUGGGGGAGCCCUGGCCUGGCUGGGAGGCGCAUUGUUUACUCUGCCCGAGGGGGGUCCUGCCAUGAGCACCCCUCAGGAAAGCCCCUCCAGAGCCCAGGCACCUCUGCUGCCCGCACUGGUGCCCCACUGACUGGGGGGGAGGGAUGGCCUCCCCAUCCAGGCAGGGGUCCCCUGGAGGGGCUGGGCUGCUCUGCGGCAGCAAGACCCGGUCCUACGGCAGCCUCGUCAAGUCAAUGUGCUCCCCGGUGAGGGAGAGGAGGGUGGAACAUCGCCUGGAGCCGGGGGACACCUUGCAGGGGCUGGCGCUCAAGUAUGGGGUCACGAUGGAGCAGAUCAAGCGGGUGAACCGGCUGUACACCAGUGACUCCAUCUUCCUCAAGACGACACUGCACAUCCCCGUCCUGGUGGAGCCCAAGCAGAUGGCGAAUGGCUUAAACCUGGAGGAAGAGGAAGAGGAGGCGGAGGAAGGAGCCAGGCGGCCCCCCACGGGAGAGGAGAAGCCGGUGCUGAAAAACGGCUCCAUGACCAGCACAGGCACCACCCCCCGCCACGACCUCUCGGCCACGGAUUUCUUAAGGAAGCUCGACUUGGAGAUCAGCCUGUCCAAGAAGGCUGCGGUGAAGAAGCUACGGGAGCGGGAGAUUGCAAUCGCCAGGGCCGAGCUAGGAGCCAGCAGGACCGUCUCCUAUCAGAACGAGCCCUCGCCUCACGCUCAGCAGCGCGCCCUGCUGGGCCCCGUGCCGCUCACCAAAACCACCCGGGCCGCCACGCUGCGGGACCAGGAGGACGAGAUCUUCAAGCUCUGAUGGGCGGAGCCUUCUUUUCCCCAUGGACUCGCCUCUCCCCUCCUAGCCGGCGCGUCCAGCCACGGGGGGGUGGGGAGGGCAGCGCAGGGUUUGUGAUGGCCCUGCCAGGGGGACCCGGACGGUGCUGAGGCCCUGAUCCUGGCAGGAGCCUGCGUGAGUCCUCCGGCUGCCCCUGCCUUCGCACCGAUCUGCGGAGGGAUGGGCUGGCUGCAGAGGGAGCAGUGUAUGGGGGACGUUCUGCGGCUGGGGGGGGCGUGCACAGAGACGUGUUAUGGGGGUGACUGGUAGAGCGCCCCCUUGGGGCGGGGGAGUCUCAGCGACACGCUCUAAUGCCCAGCGUUUUCUGCGCUGCUCUGCUCUUCGCUGGCCUUUCCCACAGCCGGGCUCUGAGCUCCCCGUCCCAGAGCACCCGCCUCUUCCUGUCCCAUCCCGUCAGGUCGCCGUGUUCGGAGACAGCCCCGUUGCCUGCAACCCCCUUGGGUCUCCUUGGCUCCCCUGCUGAGACUUUAGGGAAAGGCCUUGGGAUCAGGUCCUCCGCCCGGCCCCCCCAAUCAUCUACUGAUGCCCCUCAAUCCCGACCCGCAGCCCCCCUGCUCUUCCUGUUGUGGGACCUUGAUGUGUUUCUAAAUGAAACAGGCGCCUUCACGAGCCUGACGUCCUGGGGGGUGUCAGGACCCUCGGCAGCUGAUCCCAUAGGACGCCUGGCAGGCAAGAGUCAUCGUUGCCUGCAGCUCCCACUGCCAGCGAGCCCAUGUGGGGUCGGGCUCUCGGGGCCCAGCUCCCACACGGGAAGGGCUCAGCAUCCGCUGUGCUGAAACCCAGCCCCUUGGGCCUGAGUUGAAAUCCACCCGAGUCUUUCCAUUGACCUCUGGAGUGGGGCCUGGCAUGGGGGCUGAGGGGGCAAAUUCCAUACGCUGCUUGGCUUCCUUCCCCUGAAAGCGAUGGGCACAACCCCUCCCACCCCCGCUCCCCGUGGAUCUGUCCCCUGAGUCUGUCAGAGCUACUCAAUGACCUCUCACUGCUUAGGAUUACUCUUAGCUUGGUUCUGGGGGAGGAGCCAGGGUCUGCCCCUCCUUGUGUGCCAUUAAUCCAAGAGCUGACCAAUCCUUUCUGCCUGUCUGGCCCCACUGGGGCUGUCUGGAGCCCCUGUGAUACUAGCGCUGAUGAUCGCCUGUUAAUUUGUCUCUUGGUUACUGGGCGUGAGGUGUGAGAGGGAAAACACCCAGCUUGACUCUCAGCUCCCAAGCUGAUGUUUCAGGCCGGGGAGGGGGCGGAACGGGGGACAGAUGAUAGCUAGUGGCUUGUAAGCGGUGUUUGUGGGCCAGGGGUGAAUGGAGGAACUCCCAGAACAGCCCCUCCUUGGAAGGCGUUAGCUGCUUGAGCCGAGCCAGAAGCCCCAGACUCUGAAUGGGGCAGGUAAGCCGGGCCCUGAUUUCCCCACUCAUCUGUUUCAUUCAGCCGUACUGAUUUGGAACCCUUUGCUGUCCAUCACGGCCCAGCUCUGGAGAGGGAAACGGAGUUAAAAAUAAAACCCGCCCUUGGGUUCCUCUUUAAAGCUGCCUCGCCGCUGAGAGACCCAGAUCCUCUUUUAAUAACUCUGCCAGGUAUUUCUCAGGCACAAGAGUGAGAUCGGCCGCCCGGCCAGCGGCAAAGGGACUUGCAAAUAAAACUGUUCCAUCCUGAUUGCUCUUUGAACAAAA